UGGUUUUGGGUUUGUGGGUAUUGAGGACAAAUCCUUGGACUGUGUUUUCUCAAAGCACUUUCAAUGUUUUCGUUGUUUUUUCAAAUAUAGAAUUGGAGGUGCAAACGUCACUAGAAAUCAAAGCGGUUUUUGUUUUCAUUUGUUGGUGUUGGUUGUGCACUUUUGGGUGUUUCUGAAUUUGGAUUGAAUGCUUUUAAUCGGGGUGAGAGGAGGGGAUGGAGACACUUGUAGCCUGAGGUAAUGAAUUGGGGCUGUUUUUUUGUUUCUUGGUUUUGGCUUAGAAGAGAAAACAGAAACAGCCUGGGGUUAUGAUUAAGGGCGACAUCGAAGAAUCAGCGAUUUUGGUGUUCUGGGUAUUCGCUAUUUUGCUCUCUUUGGUUCUUGGAAUGAGGAAUGAUGGCCAGAAACAACAGCAGGGUGGUGUGCCGAGGGCGGGGCGGCCCAACGGCUUUAUUCCGAGCUCGUUUCGUGCCAUUUCCAGCUACCUGAGGAUCGUGUCGUCUGGGGCAUCAACGGUGGCACGGUCAGCAGCAUCGGUGGCGUCGUCGAUUGUGGAUAGGGAUGAUGAUGCCAGCCAUGAUCAGGUGAACUGGGCCGGGUUUGACAAGUUAGAGGAUGAGGGGGAUGUAAUUCGGCAAGUUCUCCUGCUAGCUUACCGGUCUGGUUUCCAGGUUUGGGAUGUUGAGGAUGCCGAUAAUGUCCGUGACCUAGUUUCCAGACAUGACGGUCCUGUUUCAUUUAUGCAAAUGCUGCCAAAACCAAUAGCAUCAAAGAGAUCGCAAGGCAAGUUUGCAGACAGCCAUCCACUGCUGGUAGUUUGUGCUGAUGGGUCCCUUCCCAUAGGUAGCAAUAUUCAGGAUGGUUCAGCCACUUCUUGCAAUGGGAGCAUCUCAAACGGUCAUGAUCCAGUGAAUGACAGUUUUUUGCCUACUGCUGUUCGAUUUUAUUCCUUGAGAUCAGAGUCUUAUGUUCACGUGCUAAAGUUCAGAUCAGUUGUUUACUCUGUAAGGUGCAGUUCCCGAGUUGUCGCUAUUUCUCAAGCAGCUCAGAUACACUGCUUUGAUGCCACAACUUUAGAGAGGGAAUAUAUCAUUCUUACAAAUCCAAUAGUUACCGGGUAUCCUGGUUCCGGAGGCAUAGGAUAUGGACCUCUUGCGGUGGGUCCCCGAUGGCUUGCUUAUAGUGGUAGUCCAGUUGUAGUCUCAAAUUCGGGGCGGGUCAGUCCACAAGAUUUAAUGCCUUCUGCAAGCUUUCCUGGUUUUCCUUCAAAUGGGAGCAUGGUGGCUCACUAUGCGAAAGAAUCAAGCAAGCAACUUGCUACUGGGAUUGUGAACCUAGGAGACAUGGGGUAUAAGAAGCUCUCCAGGUACUACUCUGAGCUUCUACCUGAUGGUAAUACUUCACUGCAAUCGGGGAAUCAUGGCUGGAAAGGCAAUGGGACUGUUAAUGUCAAUUUAACGGAAGCAGAAAAUGUUGGAAUGGUCAUUGUCAAAGAUAUUGUCAGCAAACUUGUUAUUGCCCAGUUCAGGGCACACAAGAGUCCUAUUUCAGCAUUAUGCUUUGACUCUAGCGGCACCCUUUUAGUUACCGCUUCGGUCCAGGGACACAACAUAAAUGUUUUCAAAGUAAUGCCUGGACCCCCGGGAAGCUCUUCUGCUUGUGACACUGGUGCAUCUUAUGUGCAUCUUUACAGGCUGCAACGUGGUUUCACAAAUGCAGUCAUACAGGAUAUCAGUUUCAGUGACGACAGCAACUGGAUUAUGAUUAGUUCAUCAAGGGGGACAAGCCAUCUCUUUGCUAUAAAUCCUCUUGGAGGGUCAGUAAACUUUCAGUCUUCUGAUGCUAAUUUUACCACCAAAAAUGGUGGUUUAGGUGUUAUGACUAAGGCAGUGGUUCGUUGGCCACCUAAUCAACAGAGCCUUUGUGCAGCUGGUCCUCCAGUUACACUUUCCGUCGUUAGCAGAAUAAGGAAUGGAAAUAAUGGAUGGAGAGGCACUGUAAGUGGUGCUGCAGCUGCUGCGACAGGCAGGAUGAGUUCCCUUUCUGGGGCUAUCGCUUCAUCUUUCCACAAUUGUAGAGGCAAUGCUUUAUAUGCGGAUUGCAACUCUUUGAAGGCAAAGUAUCACCUUUUGGUCUUUUCUCCUUCUGGUUGUAUGAUACAAUAUGUAUUGCGAACAUCGAAUUUUCUAGAUCCAACAGUUCUGGUGUCUGGAUUAAGCACUGCUCCUGAUUCAGCUCCAGAAUGUGACGCAAGAUUAGUUGUUGAGGCUAUCCAGAAGUGGAAUAUCUGUCAGAAACAAAACCGAAGAGAGAGAGAAGAUAAUAUUGACAUAUAUGGUGAGAAUGGAAAUUCAGACAGCAAUAAAAUAUAUCCUAAAGGAGUGAAAAAGGGAAAUAGCAUCUAUCCUGAAGCUGGAGGUACAUUCAUGAAAGCAAAGAUCAGUCCUGAGGAGAAACAUCAUUUAUAUAUCUCAGAAGCUGAACUACAGAUGCAUCAAGCACGGACUCCGUUGUGGGCAAAACCUGAGAUAUACUUUCAGUCAAUGACGGUGGAAGCCACGAAUAUGGAUGAAACAAAUGCUGCUUGGGGGGAAAUUGAAAUCGAAAGAAUUCCAACUCGCAUGAUUGAAGCAAGGUCAAGGGGCUUGGUUCCAGUUUUUGACUAUCUUCCGAUUCCCAAAAUACAACAAACAAGGAUCCCUGCUCUAGGUAGCAAUAUCAAUGGGCAACUUCAGCAUCAGAGGUCUGGGCAUUCUGCUAACAGGAGGCUUUCAGGUGGGAGCAGCUCUGGCUCUCUUGACUCUAUGACUGAUGGUGGUGCUCCAGUGGUAGAAUUUCACAAUGGCAUUGAAGAAACUGAAUCUGAUGGUUCUCAAAUGCCAGUAGAAACCAAGGGCUUUGUAUAUAAUAAUGACAGCCCAAAAACAAAAGCUCGGCUUGAGAUUGUAAAUAAUAGAGAGAGCUUAAAAAUGGAGGCUCAACUCAAGUUUGUAAAUAGUAACAAGGCAGGCCUGAAAAUGGAGAAUCAUUUUGAAGAUGAAGGUGGUGAGUUUGAUUAGAGCUUUGACUGUGUUAACAUUAUAUUCCCUUUUUUCUCCUCAGGUGUGCAGAUAUUCUUUCAUUCUCCUGUGGGGUAAUCAUUAACAGUUUUAAUAUAGUGGGUGGAAAUUUAGAAAAUAGUGUGAUGCAGAAUUGUGAAUACUAUGCUGUUGGGGUUUCAUCUACUGUUGACUUUUGUAAAUAAAACGUACAAUAUAUUUUCAAUAAUCAGUUAUGAUAUGUAAAUAAUAGCAUCAUGUAAUAACUCUCUCUCUCUUUCUUUAUUCUAUUAAUUCAAAUUUAUUCUCCUAUCUCUCU